AUGAGGCAUCUCCAUUCUGUAUGCUUUCUCCUACUCUCUUACACUUACCUCCGACUAUGCGCAGUCACGCCGGUGAGGGCCGACAACCGGCGUGAAGCUGAAGCACUUGUGAAGUGGAAGGCUAGCUUGGCCAGUGCCGAUGACUCCCUUGGGUCAUGGUCGAUGACCAACUCCGCAAGCCUUUGCAGGUGGACGUACAUCACUUGCGACUCGGCCAGGCACAUCAAAGAGCUCAGCAUUUACCAAGCAAGUCUGAAUGGCACACUUGACGAGCUCGACUUCUCGGCCUUCCUACACCUGAAGCAACUCACUCUGUUCGAGAAUGGUCUACAUGGCACAAUUCCAUCAGGAAUUGGCAACCUGACAAGCUUGGUCGUGUUGGAGAUCAUGGGCAGUCUGAAUUUGAGGGGCGCCAUUCCACGCAGCAUUGGCCAGCUGAAGCACCUUGCUCUACUGCAUCUAACCUUUUUGGGCCUCAAUGGCACGCUGCCUGAAGAGAUUGGUAACUUGACGAAGUUGGAGAUGCUCGACCUGCACUCCGUUACUUUGAUUGGAUCAAUCCCACCAACAAUUGGGAUGCUUGGGAAGCUCCGGGAGCUGAGACUUAGAGGCAACAAUUUGACAGGGAGCAUCCCAAUGGAGAUUGGAAACAUGACACAGCUGCAAAUCAUGGAGCUGGACUCUAACCAUUUGGAAGGGCAGCUGCCAGGUACCAUCUUUCAUCUGGUAAAACUCCGGUAUAUGACUCUGUCAGAAAAUCAGCUGGUAGGUACCAUCUCCCCGGAGCUUGGGAAUAGCAGCCUCUGGGAUGUCGAUAUUGCACACAACAACUUCUCUGGGCUGUUCCCAUCAUCCAUUUGCGUAGCAGGAGCGCUGAGUGCGGUCAGUGCUGGAUACAAUGGGUUUACGGGUAUUCACCGUCAGACAUUUAAAAACUGCACAACCCUUGAACGGGUUGACUUCACGGCAAACAACAUUGUUGCAGAGCUAAGUGACUGUUUUAGUGAGCAUCCAGGACAGCUUAAAACCAUGGCUUUCAGUCAAAACCAGCUGCAUGGCACGCUUCUGACGGAUCGUGGUGAGGAUUUCCUUUGUAAUUAUACUCAUUUACACUUACUAGACCUAUCAAACAAUGCCUUACAUGGAGGUCUUUCCAAGUGUUUCUGGAAAUUACAAUAUUUGCAAUUCCUGGAUCUGUCUAGCAACUCUUUCAGUGGUGUAGUUCCGUUCUCGACGACAUGUCAAGAACGUCUUAAAUAUCUACUCCUAGCCAAUAACAAUUUUACAGGAACCUUUCCUCUGGGUCUUAAGAGAUGCAAAAAGCUUGCUGUUCUAGAUCUUGGAGACAAUGAUUUUUCUGGUACAAUACCUUCUUGGGUAAGCAUGAGUUUGCCUCGACUCAACUUUCUUCGACUGUCAUCAAACAUGUUUGACGGCAUCAUACCCCACGAGAUCUUACAAUUUCGCCAGCUCCAAGUAUUAGACUUGUCCAAAAACAAGCUCACAGGACCCAUUCCAGACGAUUUUACGAAUUUUACUGGCAUGGCACAAGAACAGAACAACAAUGACUUCACAUACAGUGAUGCAUAUUCUUAUGAAGUGAAAAUUCAAAUAGUUUGGAAGAAUGCAGAUCGUCUUUACAUUGUGGUGAUAGCAGGCAUGGCCGGUAUCGACUUGUCUGGAAACUCGUUGUCACAGGAGAUCCCAAAUGGGUUCACAACCCUUCUUGGACUCAGAUACCUGAACUUAUCAGGAAAUCAUCUGUCAGGUUGUAUCCCUGAAGACAUUGGCAAUCUAGUACUGCUGGAAUCCUUGGACCUUUCUCGGAACCAACUCAGGGGGGAAAUUCCUCGAGGCUUUGCAGAUUUGAAGAGCAUAACCGCUCUGAACCUCUCAACCAACAUGUUAUCAGGGAGGAUACCUAUGGGUGAUCAGCUGCGGACACUUGAUGACCCGUCAAUAUACAGCAAUAAUCUUGGGUUAUGCGGGAAACCGUUGGAAGACUGCGUAAGCUCGUCAACACCGACGCAAGCUGAAACGAGUCUGGAUGAAGAUAGAGAGGCACUGUGGUUUUACUGCUUCGUGGCUGCUGGGUUUAUCUCUGGGUUCUGGCUAUACUUGGGUUUCUUGUUUCGCAGCGAGACAUGGAGGUAUUCAUUCUAUCAGUAUGUGGACAACAUGCAAGCGAAGGUGACCAAGAAGAUACGAAGCUGCAUUUCAUGGUUCCAGGUCAAAGGGCCUGAAUGA